UAUCAAAACGCGAUAAAAGAAACUUACGCGUUCUUUUCCUAAGUAACGCCGAAUGGAGAAAGUUUAAAUGAAAUCAUGAAAACAUUUAUUGUUCUAUUUAUUGCCCUUUUUGUUGUUUCGGAGGGAGAAAAUGUUUUUGAAAAACUAGCGAUGGUAAAUGAGCAGUGGUUAUUACGCUUCACAUCUUUUCCAGAAGCAGCUUUUCUUCUCAAGAGCCAUCCUAUGGACACUGUACCUACAGGGAACGCUCCUAGAGGAGUAAGGAGUUGCGGAGAUGAUUUAAUUGAAAUAGUGGAGAAUAUCGAGUCUAACUGGGCUUUGCAAAUGCUUGAUUCUGAUGGAAAACUUGAAAGUGGUUUGCUCAGAGGUGGUGUUAUAUGGCCUGGACAUUUUGGAGAAUGCGUGGAUGUUUAUGCACCAGAAGACAGUACAGGUCGCCAUGGAGGUUUCAAUGGCCAGUAUUGCGUCACAUCGUGGACCAUGAACGUAUCUAAAAAAUAUUCCAAUUUACCUCUCAGUGUUGGUAUGUGCUUUCCCGAUAGUUGCUCGGCAGAAUACUUACUAAACUUUGGUGAAGAUUUUCUGGAUCUCCUAGAACGUCUUCCGGUUCUCAAAGAUCACAAAUCCGUCCUCACGUUGAAAAGUGUCACCUGUAAGUUGAAAGAACAGAAAUUGGAUACAUCAAGCUUAGUCUAUUUGUGUUUUAUAUUCUACUUCCUGUGCAUGUCCUUGGUGGGAACUUUUUUGCACAGCCGAAAAAAUUCUGUAACAAUGUUCCCUCUCGAAUCAUCAGCUGGGAUGGAAAAAGAAUCCUCUGCAAUUGAUACAUCUGCAAAACGUUUCUCGAUUCCAAGAACUCUGUGUGAAACUGAUACCACUGAUAAAGAAAUGUUGACUCCCAAUAUACAGCAAGAUACAUUAAUUUCUCCAACUCAACAUGCAUCCACAAAAUUUUGGCAAUGUUUCUCGAUGAUAGAAAACGGAAGAAAGAUUUUGAAGACAAAAUCUAGCGGUGAUCAACUCCUUAGCAUUCACGGCAUUCGAUUCCUCAGCUUAACGUGGGUUAUACUUGGUCACACAUACAUCACUCCUGUUUCCAUCAUAGGGAACAGAUUGGAUGUUUUGAAACUAAUGGACUCUUUUCUUUAUCAAAUAUUGUUGCAAACACCUUUCUCAGUCGAUGCUUUCUUUCUUCUCAGUGGAUUUCUUUUAACCUACCUGUUCUUAAAAGAAGCCGAUAAAAGGAAUGGAAAAAUAAAUUGGAUAUAUUUUUACGUUCAUAGGAUAUGGAGAUUGACGCCAGCGUACAUGGUAGUUGUGUUCUUCUAUUUGAUUGUCUUCAAAUACUUGGGAUCAGGACCUUUUUGGGACGACAACCACUGCGACGCUUCUCGUGGAUCAUGGUGGAAAUAUUUACUCUACAUCAACAAUUUCAUACCAAUCAAUGAUAUGUGUGUAGGAUGGUCUUGGUAUCUGGCGAAUGACAUGCAGUUUUAUUUGACAAGUCCAUUCUUCUUGUAUCCUUUGUGGAGAUGGCCAGUGAUUGGAUUCAGCUUACUUAUAUCGCUACUGAUCGGAACAUGGACUACUACUGCCAUUAUAAGUUAUCAAAAUGACAUUGUACCAAUGUUUGUUGGUGUAACACACACAAGUGAUUUCGCAGCCUACACUAAAAAAAUGUGGGAAUCGUUUGACUUAAUAUAUGACAAGCCAUAUUGCAGGAUUGCACCCUACGUCAUUGGAGUUAUGCUUGGAUUUGUUCUCUACAAAUUGAACAAAAGGAAGAGAUUUAUGAAUUGGUGGCAACAAGCUAUAGGUUGGAUAGUUGCAGCAUCUUGUGGAUUGAGUGUCAUGUUUGGUCUGUAUCACGCUGACAUGAGCCGGACAGCUGCCUUUUUCUACAAUUCCCUGAGCCGGACUGCCUUUUCCAUUGCAUUGGCCUGGAUAAUAUUUGUGUGUGAAACAGGACACGGAGGUGCGAUGAAUAAACUGCUAUCGUGGAAGUUUUGGAUGCCACUGAGUCGUCUCACCUAUUCCGCAUACCUUAUUCAUCCCAUAUUUAUUCACGCUUACUACAAUUCAUUUCAGACUGCAUAUUUCUUUACAGACUUCAUUGCUGUCACCACCUUUUUAGGUUUUCUUGUUAUGUCUUACUCGACAGCAUUCAUUUUCUCAACUGUGUUUGAAUCUCCUUUGAUGAACUUGGAAAAACUGAUUCUGAAAAGACAAUAACCCUUCUUUUAUUGCAAUAAAGUAUAAAAAUUAUUUUCUUCCUG